CACUAUGCAGAGAGACGGCGGUAUCCCUCUCUCGAUGGAGCAGUCUGCGGCUCGCCGGCGCGUCCUGCGUUCUUACCGCGACCCCGCGCAACACAGCGAUUCCAGCGACGGCGAAACGGUGACAAUCACUUCUGAAUCGCAACCACAGAUCACACUCCGUCGCAGUACCCGCACGCGCCCAGAGAGCUCCUCUCGCCGAACGAACACUGAUCACCGCCCCUCGUACCCGUCAUUGGGUACUUCGAACUCCGAUCCGUCCUCCCUUUACACAGACAUAACGAACCAAGCCGCAGGUCCACCUUCGCGUGGCCGUGGGUCGAGGCGGGCUUUCGGCGUCCGCGGUCGGCGUCGUGGCGGGAGCAACUCUGCCAUAGGUUCUCCUCCACAAGCUGACACUGGGCGAGGGCGCGGGAGCAUUGGCGGCGAAAACGCCAGUCCUCAAACAGCGCCGUUAAUUGGGCUCGUAGAAGACGACGGCCUGCUUGAAGACGACUUGCCUUCACUCUUCCCCGCGUCUAGACCACAACCUGUGUCCGGCGGACCUGUAGCAAGGAUUACAACUUUCUCGGCGAGACGACAGGCGCCACCAAUCCUCUCAGACGACUUCGACGACCUGGAGGACUACGCCGAGCUGGGCGGUCGGCUCGCCUACAUGACUACGCGCAUCGGUCCAGGGUUUGGGUCACCUUCUAUGGAUGAUUCAGCCCUCGAUUCUAUUCGAAUCAGAUCCGGCGCCCUCAAGCGCUCAAGAGACAAGUUUGAAAAUAUGGAUGGGAAGGAUGUUACCAGGACCCUAAACAGCAAAGGAGCUGUCGUCGUCAUGCUAUACCGCAGUGGAGCCCCAGAUCCCCAGGCAAACGAUGUUUGGCCGAAUUUCCGCAAUUCGGCCAAGCUGCCCGCGAGGUAUUGUUUGCUCGACAAAAACUGCCCUCAAGCAACAAGAGAGAGUAGAAGACGCCGAUCGGCCAAGAUCAUCAAGAUGAAGGCCGAUGCACCAGUUCCCCAGCCCGUCGCAGGCGACGAGCUGCCAGAUGCCCCUGUCUACCGACCGGAAUGGAAACUCCCCGUGGAGCUCUUGGAGUUGAUAGCGAGCCACCUCAACCGCGACGACAUAAAGUCUAUGCGCUUAGUCAGCCGCGAGCUAAAUCAUUACGUUUCGCAAGUCAUUUUCAAGACGGUGGUUGUGCCUUUCAAUACUGAAAUCUAUGGCAUGCUUGGGCAGGAGCAAAAGCCGGACCUGAAGGGCAAGAACAAGGCAAAAGCUGGAGCAACACUAGGAUUCACGUGGAAGAACGCCAAUGGCGACGAUGUAUACAAUGGCCAUGGUCUCGAUGUGUUCCGUGGGUUCGGACGACACAUCCGCAAGUUCGGCAUGAGCUUUGAGGUUAACGAGGACGCCCUCGCGAAACCACCCGAGAAGUCUUUAACGGAGCGGCAUACCAGCUUUUGGGGAUCUUAUGAUUGGCCUUUCGAGGAAUAUCGUAGAUUCGAUGAUGUCGCUGGAUUAGAGUCCGCCGCCGACGAGACACCAAGGAUGAAGACAGCAUUCUCGGAGCUUUCCAAGGUCAGAGAGCUCGCCCUCUCUCUUGACAGCGGCCUCGGCUGGCUCAACGGACCGGAUCGGUCCAUUCGCGCGCGGAUCCUGCAGCGCCCGCCAGAGGUUUUUGGGACUCUUAAGAAGAUACCAGACCGCCGAGCACAGGCUCAGCAAGAACUCUGGGAACAUAUUGAAGCCUGCCAUGGCGAAGCGGCUAGCGACGUCAAGGUGGCGACGCUCUAUAAGCUGGAGGCGAGUCGGCCAUUAUCAGAGCUUCAGGAAAAUACCAUGGCUGCGGAAGAUCAGCCAGAGAUGCCGUUCCUAGACCCUCAUAUUGUGCACCAAGCUAUCCCCCAUGACACCGCCGAGAUCCAGGUGCCGUCGUCAUUUGAGGAUCCGGAAGUGCUCGACCGAUUUGUCUCGACGCCGGUUUCGUCCGGCACUGGUAUCCUCUUCUCUUCGACGAUCCAGCCGACCGAUGCCGGACAGCUCAUGAGCCCCAUUAUUCCCUCCAAUCUUACGAAGGCUCAGAAGGAGUGGCUUCUAGAGACAGAGUGGGCCCAGCGCGCGUUCAUGUCUUCAUACAUGCUCUCGAUCAUAGACAAUCCCGUCACCUUCAUCCCAGUCCACACUUUCAACAUUUCCCGAUUGUCCGACCGCUAUAUUCCUUUGCUCAACCGCAUCGACUUCUGGAACGCACUGCCGAAUCUUACAAACGUCACUUUGACGGUCAUACCAAGUUGGCGUACCGUCAGCAAGGACGAGGCCGGCUUCGUGGAGACACCGAAGAUCAACCCGUCCGGGGGGAUUGAUCCUUUCUACGAUCUGCUACGUAGGAUCAUCAGUCGACGUCAGAACAUCACCAAGCUUACGAUUGGCUGGGUCACUGGUGGCGAGCAUGCUGAAGGCAUGCAUGCAAGGAAUAAACUAAUUCUACCAGCUCCUCUGAUGACAGCCGAUAUGGUCACCAGCCAAGACCCCGGCAUCCUGCAGAACGCGAUACUACAGUUGCCAUUCGUUGAGGACCUCACGCUAAAGAACUGCUGGAUGACGCCAGCUGCCCUGAGGCAAUUCGUCAAGGAACACGACAACCUUAGUCUAAAGCACCUAGUCCUCAAUUCGGUGUCAAUCACGGCGAUACUGAGGCCCCAUCAGAACGCACAGCAGGCCGUCGGCAAUCAGCAGCCGGCUAUGGCUGGGCUUCUCCCGGCGUUCCAAGCUAAUGGACCCGGGCAGCACAACGCGGUCAAUCCUGGACAAAUCCUUCAAUUCCACAUUCAGGCACUACAUCUUCAGAUACAGCAUAUGACGGCUCAGGGCGGGGCGUAUGCUCCCCAGGUGGCCGCUUUACAAGCCCAAUUGACGAACCAGAUCAACCUUCAACAGCAGGCUGCGAAUAACGCUUUGAAUCAGAACGCCAAUGGCCAUCAGGCAGCGCAGCUGCAAUUGACCCAGGUGAAUAACCUCGCGGCUCUCUUCGCCCAAGCGAAUGCUAUCCAACAGCAACAGGCGGCCAAUCCUCCAGCAGCUCCCACACAGGCGGCUCCGAAUGUUCAGUCGGUCCUGAGAACUCAACCUCGCGAAGGCUCCUGGAUGAACCUCAUCGACGUCCUCUCCCCAGGGCCGAGCCUCGCUGACUUCGGCUCCGAAUUCUCCCAGGCAGACGCCGAACGCAGAACCUCCCUCCAGUCCAUCGAAUUCAUCUCCUGUGGCUAUGCCAAGCUCCCGUACUCGCAAUUCGACCAAAACGCCAUCGAAGCUGCCAACGGUCUCGCGGCAUCCACCCGGGGCCCCAUCUUCACGAAACGCUACAACGCUCUAGCGCCAGCGAUGCUGAGUCCAAAGUGGGCGCUUCUCGGCGAAAUCGUCCAGGACGUAGAUAUCAGUGAGCUGGCUGCGCUGAACGCUGGCUGGGACCUCGAGACGGGCUGGAAGGAUCAGGAUGAGGCGAGGGCGGUGGAGUUCGAUGGCUUGCUGCCCGGUGGGACCGGCAGGUUUACGGGCGUGGUGCGCGCUUCGGAUAGGGUGGCGGAGGCUUCUGCGAGUUAGUGGUUGCCCUGCUUCCCCGGCGCGUCCGAUGGUGCGGAGUGCUGACUUGUUUGGAGUAGGUGUGGGGAGUUGUGCGAAGCUGAUCAAGAGUAUGGGUAUUGCUGGUUAGUGGGGAAGAUGGCGGGUGUUCGUUGCUCCAACGGUAUUAGCUUGGGAAGGCGGCUCUUUGCUCUUCCCUUCGGGCUCGGAGUCUUUUUUUAGUGGCGUCGAUGCUGCGCUUCUACGUACGUCUGCAUCCGCUUCUUGGAGUCAGAGUACAAGUGCGGGCAUCAACUUAUCUUGCGAGCGAGACUUUCUUGUACAUAUCUUCUACCACAAAAGCGUUUGCACGACAUUAUGAUUGCCACGAGGAAGCAUCACGAAGGGAGGAGGAUUUGUUUGCUUUUUUGAGAGUCGGUCGGCACACUUAUGCGUCCCUGCCUACCCUGCCUGCCUAUGUAGCAGUAGCAAUAGAAAUGUGAGCGUAG